AUGUCCGACAACACAUCCAACAACAUGGGCAACUGCCACAAUGGAACUGUCCCCACUGCACCCAUCGCCCAGAACAAUCACGAACAAAAGGCCGACGACACUCAUCAGUCAUCCAUUCCCUCCAACACCGUCUUCAACUUCAACACUCCCAUCAACAGAAACAUUCAGGAACAAGUCACUCAGCAACAGGGUCAGGACAUUGACAUGGCUUCCCCUCCCACCUAUCUGAACGACCCCUUCAACCCCAUCCACUACCGCCAUCUCGCUCGCGACUUGACUCUCGAGGACCUUUUCGGCGACUACCCCGUCGACCUCACGACACCCCUCGACAUCAGCUUCUUCAGCAACCCCGCCGUCCGCGAAGCUUUCAAACCCAUCAACGAAAUCGCCAACCUCCAACAAGUCAUCGACGCGGCCGCAGCUAGGCAGAAUGCGAAGUACUGCAUCACCCAUCUGACGAAUCGGCCCGGCCUCGAAAUGGAGCUCGAAAUCGUUCGUCGCAAAGCCAUCGGCUAUGGAACUUGCUCCACGGAUUUUGCCUGGAUGCCCAAGGAAACCGGAAAGCGGUGCGAUCGGUGCGCGGAGAGAGAGAGAAUCCGCAGGGAGAACCGCGCGUCGGCAACAGCGGCGGAACAGGCUGCCCAACAAUCAUCCGGCGACGACUCAGUCAUGUCGGGACAAGAGAAUUCCGGCCUCUGA